AUGACAAGCAACAAGUACGAAGGGCUGAAACUGAAGCGGGAGGUAGGGUUAAUUAGUGCGGUAUCUCUGGUCGCAGGCACUAUGAUAGGAUCAGGGAUCUUUAUGUCCCCUCAGUUUGUGAUAUCCAAUGUUGGAAGCCCUGGAGCGAGCUUGAUCAUCUGGGCUGUGUGUGGCCUGGUGACUUUAUGUGCUGUGCUCAGUUAUGCAGAGCUUGGUACCAUCUUCCAAGAGUCUGGAGGAGAUUUCAUCUACAUCUUGAGGAUCUGUGGACCUUUACCUGCAUUCUUUGUAGCAUUCACGUAUGUAAUCGUGAUGAAGCCGUCAAGUAUUGUAGCUGUAGCCUUAAGUUUAGCUCAGUAUGCUGUGGCUCCUUUUUAUCCAGGCUGCAUUCCACCUACAGUGCUGGUGAAAUGUCUUGCAGGGGUGUGCAUUUUGGUAGUGACUAUAGUCAAUAUUUUGAAUGUUCGCUUCACCAUGGCCAUUCAGAUUAUCUUCCUGGUGGCUAAAAUUAUGGGUCUGAUAAUAAUUAUUAUUGGUGGAAUAGUUACCAUGGCCCAAAAUGACCUGGGAAGCCUUGGAUAUCCAGGCAUUGCCUUUGAGGGCACAACUUUGGAACUCAGUACUACUGGAAUGGCUCUGUAUCAGGGACUCUGGUCUUUUGCAGGAUGGGUUAAUCUAAACGUUGUUCUUGAAGAGGUGAAAAAGCCAGAGGUAAAUCUCCCCCGGACAUUCAUGAUUGCCAUCCCAAUGGUAACAAUCCUCUACCUGCUAGUCAAUGUCAGUUAUCUGGCUGUCCUGAAUCCUAGAGAGAUGAUAAUAUCCAGUGCUGUGGCAGUUACUUGGGGCAAUAAGGUGUUGGGCAGCUGGGGCUGGAUGAUGUCUAUUGCAGCAGCAUUAUCUUCCUUUGGCACACUAAAUGGAUCUUUCUUCAGUGGAGGACGAACUUGCUUUGUAGCUGCCCGAGAGAGUCAUAUGCCGAGCAUUCUGGCCAUGGCCCAUGUGCGACACCUCACGCCUUCUCCAGCUCUCAUCUUUACCACCAUCAUUGCCUUCAUUGUGCUCAUUUUUGGAGACUUCCAGCGCAUAAUCAACUUCUCUAGCUUCAUAUCCUGGUUCUUCCAUGGACUUACGAUAUCAUCACUGCUCUAUCUAAAAAUUAGAAAUUCGGAUAUUCCUCGUUUAUACAAGGUACCCAUUUUUAUCCCUGUCCUGGUGCUGCUGAUGGCUGUGUUCCUGGUUCUAGCACCCAUCAUUGACAAUCCUCAGCUUGAGUACCUGUAUGUCACCCUCUUCAUCCUAAGUGGAGCUUUAAUUUAUAUUCCAUUCAUUCACUUCAAACUGUGUCCAGGCCUGCUGGACAAACUCACAGUGAUCCUGCAGCUCUUCCUGGAGGUGGCGCCAGCUGAUAAAAAUGUAUAA